UUAAAAAAUUAAAAAAAGGAAAACAAAAUGGAUUUCUCCCCUUUCCAGGCUGCUAUAUUACUCGCCAUCGCCGCAACAUGGUUGAUCUCCUUCCGGCGCCGGAAGAGACUCCCACCGGGGCCAACGCCCCUCCCCAUCAUCGGAAACAUGCUGCAGGUGGGGUCCCAACCCCACGAGACAUUCGCCGAAUUAUCGAAGCAAUACGGCUCUCUGAUGUCCAUCCACCUUGGCAGCCUGUACACUGUGGUCGUCUCCUCCCCGGAGAUGGCCAAGGAAAUCCUGCAGCUAUUCAACGGCAGAGAGAAUCCGCAGGCGACGGAAGCGCACGACUACCGCCACAACUCCGUGGGGCUUCUGCCCAUGGGGGACACGUGGCGCGAAAUGCGGAAAAUAAGCAUGGAGCAUAUUUUCUCGAAGCAGAGCAUGGAAAGAAGCCUGGACCUCCGCAAGGAGAAGCUGCGGCAGCUGCUCGACCACGCCCAGAAAUGCUCGGAGGAAGGCAGGGCCGUUGAUUUCAGCGAGGCCACUUUCGUCACCACAACCAACGCCAUGUCAGAAAUUAUGUUCUCGGAGCAGGACGUCGAGUUCGACUCCCCGGCCUCCACGCAAGUCAAGGAGAUGAUGCAUAGCGCCGUAACUAUCGCCAGCGUGCCUAACUAUGCCGACUACUUCCCCAUGUUGAGGCCGUUCGACCUGCAGGGGGUCAAGCGCCGGGCAAGAGUUUACUACGGCAGAAUGUUGGGUAUAAUGGAGGGGCGUCUCGAUGAGAGGAUCCAAUUCAGAAAAGAGAAUCCUAAUGCCCCUAAGAAGAAUGACUUGUUGGAGAUGAUUGUGGAUUCUCUUCUGGCCAAAGAUAACAAGUUGACGCGUAAAAGCUACACCCAUCUCUUGAUGGAUAUGUACAUUGGAACAUUAGUGGUAAACACGAACGGGAUAGAGUGGAUGAUGAAAGAGCUAGUAUCGCACCCGGACAAAAUGGCAAAGUUGAAGGCGGAGCUAAAGAGCGUGAUGGGGGACGAGAAGGUGGUGGAUGAUUCAAAGAUGUCGAAGCUUCCGUAUCUGCAAGCAGUGGUGAAGGAGUCGAUGCGGCUCCACCCACCGAGCAUUGUGCUUAACCGCCAAGCAGAGAGCGACCAAGUAGUGAAUGGGUACCUCAUCCCCAAGGGAACACGGGUGCUAAUCAACUUGUGGGGUAUGGGAAGGGACUCCACUAUAUGGGACAAUCCGCUUUCAUUUGAGCCGGAACGCUUCCUUGAUCAAAAGAUAGACUUCAAAGGCCAGGAUUACGAGCUGAUUCCAUUCGGGUCGGGCAAAAGGAUCUGCCCGGGUAUGUCGUUCUCCAGCUGGGUUAUGCAUACAAUGCCGGCCACUCUGAUUCACAACUUCAAUUGGAAACUAGAGCGGCAGGAUGCGAGCGAUAAGGAAGCUAAGCGUACGUUGAAUGGGUUUCCGAUGGGCCUGGCGGCACCGCUCAAGAUCCUCCCAUAUAAGGAAUGAUAUGUCCACUUCGAUGACUAAAUAACUCUAUAUAAGUCGUGAUAUUUCUACCACGAUUUGUGUAUUUUGUGUCCCAUUCUAUUAUUAUAUAUUUUAAAUUUCUAUAUUUACGCAAUAUAUAUAAAAAAUUUCAGUA